AUGGAUUCCAGCGACCCCCAAAGCGCUGCCUUCUUAGGCUAUGAUUUGUCUGCCUCCUCAUCCCCUUCUAAGCACCACAGGGGAGGCCGUGAAAACGGCUCAGAUAUUGCUCAAAAAGAUCUCACUCAAUCUUCACAGCACUUCAACGACUCUAGCUCCGACCACGAUUCAUGGUUCAGCUACCCAUCUCGUCACACCCUGCCUGAAAACGCAGCGAUGGCGGCACCUUUCGAAGUCUCCAAGCUCUGGCGCGAGGCCAUGCAGUGCGUAAGCAUCAAUGCGGGCCUCUACCCGAAGCAAAUCCUCCAGAAGUACUACAACCUGUAUCCCUCACAGGCCAGCAUCCACCCUGGCUACAUCGAACUCGACAUCUGGCGAUCUAAACGUGCGACAGUCCGCGGCACCAAGUACGUGCACAUUCGAUACCUCGACAACGACCCCGGCAAGAUUUACCUUAUGGUAAUCUUCGUGGACGAGGUCGACCCCAACACCAACAAGCCCAUCGUCCGACUCGUCACCAACACCUCGAUUCGACACGUGCUGGAGGAGCCGUGCGCGAACUGUCCUCUUUGGCUCAAGGUCCACUCGGACGCCGGACCGCAUGCAAAUUCGCCUUACCAGAUCAUACCAUGUUGCGACAAGUGGGUGGAAUCCGCUGACUUUGAGGCUCCCAUCUCCAGCGAGGAGAAGCAAGUCCCGGAGAUGGUAGCGAAGCUGAUCGAGGAGGUGCAGCGGAAGGCGCUCCUGCUGCAUGCGAAGGAGCGAGAGAUCGAGGCCAAGGAUGAUCAGCUUCGACGCCUGCGCGAGAUGAAAGACCACAGCUCGGAUGCUCAUGUUACCGACGCAGCCGUGGCACAGCCGCGGCAUCUGCUACCCACCUAUAAAGUCGAGUUCGGCACACCGGAGCAGUAUUGCUGGGCUACGGCUGUUUUGGCUAUCUUCUUGAUGCUGUGGCUUUUGAAGUGA